AUGACUGAGAGUAUAAUUUUUGAUCGUUUUUUUGAUGCAGCAAAAGACCUUGAUCAAGCAUUAACACAUAUUGAAGGUUAUGAGAAAUAUCGAUUAGUAUCAUUAACAGAAGCAAUUGUACCAAUUAUAUCACUUCUUUACAAUGCUGAUUCGAUGGUUGAAAUAGCAGAAAGAAAUUCUCGUGAACCAACAGAUGGUUUAACUUCUGAUGAAUCAGGUGCUAUUCAUUUGUAUAGAAUGCAAUGUCUAAAACCUCAUCCAAAAAUGAAAUUAGAAGAUUUACCAGGUGAACUAUGGUUUCUCAUUCCCUCAUAUUUAUUACCAGUUGAAGUGUUUUAUGCAUUUUCUGAUGUAAACAAUAAACGAAUACGUUCAAUACUUACGGAAAUGUAUUCAAUUCGAAAAAAGAAUGGUCCAUCACUUUUAAAGAUUUCUCUUGUUGAUAUUCCAUUAUUUCUGUAUCAAUUUGCUAUAUUACAUGUAAUUUCAUUGUAUUAUAAUGAAAUUCAUUCAUUAACAUUAUCAAAUGAACAAACACCUUAUCAAAUAAAAGAUUUUCUUCAAAAAUAUUCAUUUAAAGAUUUUAAAUAUUUAAAAUUUUUACGCCUUAUUAAACCAUCAUCCAAUGAAUUUAAUAUAAUAAUUAAUGAUUUAUGUAAUGUAGAAACACUUGAUAUUCAAUCAGAAGAUAUAAAUUCAUUUGAUAUAAAUACAGUACAAAAAAUUUUUUAUUCUGAAUCAUCAAUAAUUCAUUGUUAUUUAAGUGAAUUUCAAGAAGAAUUUAUUUUAAAUAAUUCAUAUUCAUCUAUGAAAGAAUUAGUAAUUAAUUCAUGUGAUUAUUUAUGUUUUGUCAAUAUUCUUAAUCAUUUUUGUUCACUUGAAAAAUUAGCAAUUAAUACACUUUUAAUGUCAAGUAAUGUUAUUUUAGGAUCAAAUCCUUUGAAAGAAAAUUCAAUAUUAUUAAUUAAAUAUUUAAAAAUAUGUGCACAUAGUAUUCCAUUUGAUUAUCUACAACGAUUAUUUCCGUAUUUUGAAAAUAUUCAAAUAUUUUCAUUGUCAUUUGUUAGUGAUGAAGAAAAUGUAUCACCUACUUUAUUUGGAAAAUAUAUCAAAAAAACAAUUAAUCUUAAAUAUACUAAACAUUUAACAUUACAUGAUGAAUUCCAUAAUAUGGCAACAUUACAUAAACUUAUACCAGGUCUUCUGAAUAUAACUAAACUAACCAUAACAAGUAAUCAUUGUAUAUUAAUAAAACAAUUAUUUCAACCAGGAUGUGAACAUUUAUUAUCAUUAUUAAGUGCACGUCUUCUUCAUUUUAAUUUACUCUAUAGUGGUGCUGAUGAUGUUAUAUCUUGCGAAACAGUUCAAGAUAUAUGUUAUAAGUUUCGUUAUUUAAAAUCUUUUUCAGCUUUUUUAGCUCAUUUUGAAGAUUUUAGUAAAAGUAUUCCACUAUUUAUCUAUCAUAUGAAAUCACUUCAAUAUUUUCAUAUUGGUCUGAAAGAUGGUAAUAAUGAGAAAAAAAUUUGUCCACAAGAUAUGUAUGAAUGCUUUCAACGACAUAAUAUUUCUUAUGAAUUUAAAUUACAUAUCGAUACAUGUACAAAUUCAAUACAUAUUUGGUUGUAA